AUGUUCCGCCUUCCUGCGGAGGACUUCGAUGAUUCUUUCCAGCAACACCCUGCCACGACGGACGAUUCGACGCGACAAGGAAUACUGUCCUCUGGUUUUUCUUCUUCGUCUUUGGCAAAGACUAAACGGUCCACCUCCGGCGGCGACAACGGCAAUACCAACUCGUUUCACGACCCUCCUUCGUUUCGAGACGAAGCCUUGGCAACACGCUCUCCGUCUUACACCGCAUCUUCCUCCACGUCGCAUCUUGCGCGCGACAGCUUUUUCAGCGCCAGACGCCCACCUGUCCUAACUGAAAGAGCCUCGGAUACUGCCAACAACAGCCAAAGUGUACCUUCUUUGAGCCAGGGACGAUCAACCAGAAAUGUCUCUUACCUCAACGGUGUUCCUGUAAGUAGAAUGCUCGCGACCACCAACAAUGAGCUGCCGCCCAGCUAUUACACCCAUCCAAACAACUCGUUGGCCGGAGACUUUCACGAUGUUGACCUCGACCCUCCUCCCCUCUACGACUGGGUGAUGAUGAUGGGUAGCCGCCCCCCGACCCAGGAGCAGCAACCGUCAACGAGUCGAGACGCCCCAGACCGGGCUCGGGUUACCACGCCUGACGCUGAUGAUCGACCUCAAACUCCACCGAGAGCCUUUUCCUACGGUACAAUCAGCGCCGGCAUCAUGGCCGACUUUGACUUCCCCACUGCUGCUCCACGGCAGUCUUUCGAGGCAGUAGAAGUGGCGGCCCCAUCGAGACUCUCCUCUCCACCUCAACGGGGAUAUCGACCUACAGCGGCAUCUAUUCUCGAAGACUUUGACCCGGCUCCCUUCUCUCCUCAUACGACAGGUGGGAGUAAUAGCACCGCUGCCAGCACGCCGCCAAUGAUGUCGCCUAUAGUUCGACCCAGGUCUGCCUCGCUGCUCGCGUCAAACAAUCCGUAUGUUGCGCUGCUGCAACAGAAGGAGCAAGCUAUGACGGUUGCCUUUUUGCGAAGCCAAGAAGCGGCGACUAGUUCGCGAUCUGCAGACCUAGCGGCUGAUGACUUCAGCGGUUUCUUCGGUCAGCGGUAUCAAAAGGCGGCAGACACCACGGACGUCGUGGUCACGAGACAGAGACUUCCAGCCAACGACCUCGGAGGCUCCAGAGAAUGUCCCAUUUGUGCGGAACCGAGGGAAGCUUCCGAAUUCCCCAUUCUGAGCGUGACGCCCACUUGUACACAUCCGCCUGAAGCAUGCCUAGACUGCUUGCAGAUGUCUAUCAGGUCGGACCUGAACAGCAAGCUUUGGACCGAAAUCCGAUGUCCUGAAUGUCGAGAAUUUCUCGAAUACGUCGACAUACAGAAGUACGCCGAUGAAGAAACAUUCGCCCGUUACGAGGCACUGGCUCUUCGUGCGGCGAUGGCAGAGGCUGACAACUUCAUUUGGUGUACCGCUAACUGCGGUUCUGGCCAGCUCCACGACACCGGCGAAGAUCAGCCCAUCGUAUCAUGCUUGCAUUGUGGCCAGCGGUCUUGCUUUACGCACAAUGUCGCAUGGCACGAGAACCUGACUUGCGAGGAGUACGACUCUCUUCUCCGUGAUCCCGAGAACUUUCGAUCCAGCAUUGAAAUGGAAAACGAAGAGAUCGAUACUGCGAAGCGCGUCCAGGAGGACGCCGACCGCGCCAUGGCGCAAGGUCUCAUGGCCGAACAGCAGGCCGAGAUCCAGGAACGCGAAGCCAGGGAACGUGAGGAGAGAGAACGAGCACUCAAGGCCACCGCGUUGGCAAGAAAGGUCGCUGCUCGGCGCAAGGCAGAGGAGGCAGAGAGUACGGCUACGUUGACCAGAACGACAAAGCCCUGCCCUGGAUGCGGUUGGGCUAUUGAGAAGAACUCAGGAUGCUCGCACAUGACUUGCAUCAAGUGCCGUUACCAGUUCUGCUGGGGAUGUUACACCGUCUGGCAGCGAGGUCACAGCGUGCGAUGCCGCGGGCCCGUGAACGACGUCGACUGA